UUUUUGCUCAAUAUCCGUUGGUUUCCUUCGCGAGAUUUCUGCCAUGUUUAAGCCUUCAAAAAUAUAAAUUUUCGUUGUUUAAAAAGUAAAAAUCUUAGCAUAUGCGAUAUUCCAGCUCUUUAAGCGAAGUUUUCUUGCAGCUCUUUGGGUUCGGUAUGAUCCACUCUCACUUAUUUUCCUAAACUUACAUUUUCGUGCAUUUUCGUACAUUUCAUUUCCAGCCUAAUUACACGCUCAUCCGAAUUCUUGAACUAAAGAGUCAAGACCGGUUCGAAUCUCUUAGCUUCUUGAUUCAAUGAUUUCGACUUUACUUACGUAGUUCCUAGCAAGAGAAGAAAAAGAUUCAACAUCAAGUUAAUUUUUUACCUUUAUUUUGGUAUAGAAAUCUUUGUUAGUAUCCAAGGUAAUGAAUAUGGGGAAAUCAUGCUUCCCCAGGUGUAGACUGGGGAGAAUGAUGGGUUGGAUUCAGAUUAUAUUGGGAAUGCUUGUUAUAAUUGUGAGUAUAUCAAGUUUAUCUAGAUUCUAUUCUGCUGGUUUUUUCUUGCACAAUGAGGAUAUGUGCCGCCAUUUUUACGGUUUCAAGGAUUUUUACGAGGGAAUUGAUGUUAAAGCGUUAACAGCUCGGGUUGAGGAAGUGCUUAACAAGAUGGAGAGACUGCAGGACAAGCUCGAAUUGACUGUGCAACAGAUGGAGAAGAACAAAGAAAACUUACACAAAAGCAGCAUUUCAAGCUUCGAGUAUAAGAAGUUUUUGGAGGCCGAGGUAAUUAGGCCGCUCUAUAGUGCCCAUAUCGCUCUUAGGCAAAUUCGUUUGCCAAGAAUUGAAAAUGGAACGCUUGUUGAAGAUCCCUUGAUUAAUAAUUUCGUGAUUGAGGAGAUUCGGAAGUAUAUAUCGCCUAAAGAGAACAGAGUUGGGAAGAUCAAUAUAUAUGGAACGGGGAAGAUAUACAACACGAUAGGGCACGCGUGUGUGUCAAUGAAGAAGGAAUUGGAAGAGUAUAUGGAGUAUGACAUUGGUUCUUAUUGUAAAGAUGAUUGGAAUUUAGCACAAAAGCUUAUGAUUCAUGGGUGUGAUCCAUUGCCCCGAAGGAGAUGCUUAACACGAGCUUCUAAGCUAUACUUGAAGCCUUAUUCGAUUAACGGGUCACUUUGGAGAAUUCCUGAUGGUAGAAAUGUUAGAUGGAGCAACUAUCAAUGCCGGAAUUUUGAGUGCCUAGCUAGCAAGAACCCGAGGCGCGGCUAUUCCAAAUGCACCGGGUGUUUUGAAAUGGAAAAGGAGAGGCUUAAAUGGGUUACCAACACCUCACUUCCCAUAGAUUUUAUGAUAAAAGAUGUUUUGGCUAUUAAACCAGGGGAGAUGAGAAUCGGACUCGACUUUGGUGUUGGUACAGGAACAUUUGCUGCUCGAAUGAGAGAGCUUGAUGUCACAAUUGUAUCGACUGCGCUCAAUCUCAGGGCACCUUUCAAUGAAAUGAUUGCACUUAGAGGUCUAAUUCCUUUGUACGUGACACUGAAUCAACGGCUGCCAUUUUUCGACAACACGUUGGACUUGAUCCACACCGCCGGAUUCAUGGAUGGCUGGAUUGAUUUACAACUCUUGGAUUUUAUUCUUUUCGACUGGGAUCGAAUCUUAAGGCCUGGAGGAUUACUUUGGAUCGAUCGGUUCUUUUGUCUAAGGAAAGACUUGGAUGACUUCAUGUACAUGUUCUUGCAAUUCAGAUACAGAAAACACAAAUGGUCCAUUGCUCCAAAAUCUAACGAUCAAGUUUAUCUAUCUGCUUUGCUAGAGAAACCACCGAGAUCUUUGUGAUGAUACCGGUUCAUCAAAUCUCAACCAUUUAUCACGAAUCAUCGAAAACCCGUUCUCUAUCUGUUUCUUUGAUUUCUAUGUAAUGUAUGGUAUCAGAGAGACAGUAUGUCUAUGUUGAAAGAAUAAUAGAUGAUUUUUGUUUGGUAGUCA